AUGAAGGAGUUAACCAAAUUUAAUAAGUUUAUAAAUAAUCUACGCCAACCUUCUCCUCCAACUCCAUAUUACUAUUUCCAGAGAAGAGAAGUUCUAAUAGUAAGAGAUACUGAUUCUUUGAAUAGUUCAAUUCAAUCUACUUCCACAUCAAGCUUAGUACCGAGUAGUAUAAGUUUAACAUCAUCAGAAAGUAGUUCAAGUGUUGCAAGUUCAAGUAACAGUGUCACCCAACAAUCUUCAUCAUUAAUAGUGUCUUCGCCAACUACAAGUUUAAGUUUAAGUUCACCAUCAAUAACUUCACUCUCUUCUACUACAUCAACCAUACCUAGUAGUUCAAGUAGUAGUAGCAGUACAUCCAGUGAACCGUCCCUUUUAGCAACGUUUUCAUCUUCAACCAUACUGUCUUCUACAGAGCCAACAUCAUCGAGUGCUUCCUCGUCAACAAUAACAAGUUCAAGCACCCUGUCUUCAACGUCAUCGUCAACAAGUAGUAGUAGCAGUGAGACAACAACGUCGUCUCUCUCCUCCUCAGCCAUUCGUUUUACAGUGAGUUCUGCUACUUCAUCAAGCACAAUGUCGUCAUCAACGUCAUUAGUUAGUGCAUCCGAGACUAGCUUUGAGUCAUCAAGUUCAACUGUUCCAAGUAGUAGUAGUACUGAACCUUCAUCGUCUCUGACAACUAGUUCCCUGCUGGUUUCGAGUUCAAGUCAAAUAACAAGUUCUUCAACUACGAGUUCAUCUUCCAUUAGUUCAUCAAGUGAAGUUACUAGUAGUUCACAGACUUCGUCCUCAUCAGUGGUCCCAUCGUCAUCAAGUUCUAGUCUGUCUCAAGUUACGUCGUCCUCAAGUUCUAUUCCAAGUUCAAGUUCAUCCUCAUCUGUUCCUUCUUCUUCCAGUUUAGUUUUUUCAUCAUUCCUGUCAGAAACAUCCACCGAAACAACCUCAUCAUCAUCGUCAAUUGAAUCAUCCAGUAGUUCAUCUAUUCCAUCCUCAAGUUCUGAAUUACCUUCAGAAACCUCCUCUUCCUCAUCAUCCUCCAGUACGACGUCAAGCUCAUCAUCAUCUACAAAAACUUCCUCAUCAAGCUCCACAACCAAAACCACAUCCACGACACACUCAACCACAUCCACGUCACACUCAACCACCAAGCCACCAGACUCAACAUCCUCCACUAUCUGGACAUCAAUCACGUCCUUAAUCACCCAACCCGACACCACCAUCACCACAGUGGUAACGGUCCCCACAUCUGCUAAUGCCGUCAACGACAACAAUGGAGAAUCCAUGGCCGAAAGAAACUCAAAAUUAAUCGGAGGUCUCGUAGGUUCAAUCGGAGGAACUAUCGUUAUUGCCGGUCUAGUGGUAUUAUUCCUCUUCUUAAAAAAGAGGAGACGGAAUAAAUUAUCCAACCAAAACCCCGAUUUCAAUGGUGUGGUUGUUGGUGGUCAUGGGAAUGGUGAGGACGAUGAUGCUGAUUUAUCAUUUGACGAUAAAAACCAACAAUUAUUCCAUGAUAGUCCUUCAUUACAGAACAAAUCCCGAUUUGGGUGGUUUACGUCCCUAUUCGGAGGUCAUCAAGGUAGUGAUUCUAAUUUAUUACAAUCUGCCGGGCUUGCUGGUGCCGGUGCAGUUGCUGGUGCAGGAGGUGCUGCUGCAGCUGGUAGUGGAUCGUUUAGGAGAGCAACUGCGACCGAUGAGGAUUUGGAAGCAGGUCAAGGGUAUGGAAGCACCGGUGGACAUCCAAGACAAUUCGAAGGUGGUAGUGAUUCUGGGGAAGAUUUCACAUAUAGGGGAGUAUCAAAUGCUAAUAAUCUAGAUUCGGUGUUUAGGAGCAGUGGUGGAACUACAGCGGCGAGAAAUUCAGCACAUAUGAGUACGAGAUCUUCAUCAUUUGGAACUGGAUUGUCAUCACUAGCGGGAGCAGGCGCUGCAGCGGGUGGGAGUGCUGGUGGCAGCGCUGGACAUACGAGGAUGAAUUCAUAUGGACAUCCAUUAGCAAAUGCCAAUGAUUUCGAUUUCCAUGAAGCCCUGCCUGGUCUAGCGGCUACCGGUGGUAGUGGUCAACAUCCGGUGAAUAGAAACCUAUAUGCUCCUCAUUUACAACCACAACAAGAAACAAGAUCUAGUUCGACGUACAAUAGUCCUCCUGAAGAAAGUGAUUCUGGAUUGGAAUAUGAUAGUGAUGAUGAUUUGGUAUUGCCGGGAGAACAAGCUCCAUAUCCUCGACAUAACGUGUUUGCUGAUCAAGAAUAUGGGUCUAAUAAUAAUUCCAUUUCGAGAUUCCAAGAGGACAUUACUUGA